GGAAAAGAAAAUGUGAUUGUAGUAGCCGAUGACUUGAGGAGCAGCGGGCCUGAAGAUAAGGAACGGAUACUCAAACACCAGCCCAGAAUUCAUGAGUUUGCAAAGGAUUUGUUCCUAUUCACAGAACACGAGAAAGCCACAGCAAACCUGAAGACAAUAAGAGAAAUUAUAUGGAAAUCUAAAAAUAAACAAAAUGGCCCGGACAAAAAACAUCAAGCAGCACCUCCCAGAGAAAGGGAAUCCUCCAUGAAAAAUGAUGGAUCUGCUGACAGUUAUAAGAACAAAACACCACCAAAGCCUGCGGUCUCCCAGGAUUCUCCAUCUUCUCAUUCAGGAUCUGUUGGUUAUCAGACUCAGAACACUGAUACUGCAGAACCGGAAUCCAAGAGAUCCAGGACAUUAUCGUCCGAACACCAAUUCAAGAAAUCCAAGACAUUAUCCAGUGGCCAAACCAAUCCCAUGAAAGAAAAAUAUGAUCUGCCAGAAGACCAUCCUGACUUGAUGAACAAGAAAUUGAAUGAUUUGCAACAGAAAAACCAAGAACUAGAGAACAGAGUCAAGUCAUUGACUUUAGACAAAGAUAGGUCAGCAGUAGAAGAGAUGAAGAAAAUCAUCCAGAGGGAAGAAAUACAUUUCAGUGGGCAAGGAAAGGAGAUAGGGGAGAGAGAAAAUGUGUUACAACAGCAAGAAACCCAAAGAAAAGAGAUAGGACUAGAUAUAUUAUCCCAGGAGGGAGGGGAAGGGGCACAUGGCCAUGAGACUCUACCUGGAGGCAGGAGACGUUCCCAGACAAAGGAACUCAUUUGAAAGAACAUCUGCAGAAACAGCAGGUUCAAGUUGUCUCAAGGAUAUGAAUAUGGAUGAGCUAAUAACCAAAAUUCAGAAAAUUAUAAAUGAGAAGGAUCUGAAGAUAGAGAGGCUGAGCAAGGAGAAAUAUGAAAUUCUUGGGAAACGCACAAGCCAAAAAAGUGAAAAGUAA